AUGGCUGUUGCGAAUUCUCAGACGAAUAAUGCUGCGAUUAAUUUCAAUGAUCCUUACUUCCUUAGUAAUGGUGAUCAUCCUGGAAUGCAGCUUGGAACUCAUGUUCUUAAUGGCUCUAAUUUUCUCAAUUGGAGUCGUGCAGUGAAGAUGGCGCUAAUAGCUCAGAAUAAGCUUCAGUUCGUUGAUGGAUCAUUGCCUAUGCCAGCUACUGAUUCUGCAGACUAUCAGAAGUGGCUUCGCAAUGAUUAUAUGGUGAUGUCUUGGAGUCUUAAUUCCAUGGAGAAGGUGAAGACGAAUUUGUUAGGAUCUGGCCUAUUACCUCAUGUACAUAAGGCGUACUAUACUCUUCAACAAGUUGAGCAACAAAAUAAGUUGAAUUCUGCUGCUGUUGAAGUGAAUGCAUUGCAGGCUAUGAAGGUUUUUCAUAAGCCCAUGUUCAGUGGUAGAAAGGACUUCAAGAAACAGAAGAAUGAUGUUACUUGUCAGUAUUGCGAGAAGAGAGAUCAUAUAAUUGAUCAGUGUUUUCAAUUGUAUGGAUUUCUUGAUUGGUGGAAUAGAGAUAAAGGUGUUGCUAAGCUUGUGUCUGAUAAGCCUGCUUCAUUGCCAUCUACUUCACGUUUUUCCAACAAUGUGAAUAAAGAGAAUCAGACUGCUGGCAUUCUUGGUAAAGCACCUUCUGAUGCUAGUUCUCCUGGUGUUGAUCCUGUGAUAACUUCUGCAGUUUACAAGCAAGUAAUUCAGAUGAUGCAAAAUAGAGGUGGUUCUGCAACCGGAGUGUCUGGUUCUAGUUCUGCAUCUGAGGAUAAUCCUCUCAGUUCUGCUGAAUUAUACUUUCCUAACACUGUUAACUUUGCUGGUACAAUUUCUGCCUUUAGUGCUACUAGUUUGAUGAAAUCUUUUGAUCAUACUAGCUGGAAUAUAGACACAGGUGCCACAAAUCAUAUGGUCUCUAAUUUGGCUCUAUUUGAUUCCAUUGAACCUUUUAGAACACAUGUUAGAGUGUCUUUACUUGAUGGAACAGUCAAGAGUGACUCUACAACUAAGAAAAUGCAAGCUGAAGGCACAAGAGUCUCAGGUUUAUACAUAUUUUCUUCAAUUCCUUGUUCUGUCAAUGGAAAUUUUGCUUCUGCUAUUGAUGUUGCAAAUAAUUUUUCCUCUUCUAUUCAUAAUACUAUCACUAGUUCUUGUACACCUAGUCUUAAUUUGAUUCAUGCUAGGUUAGGACAUGCUUUAAUUGGUAAACUGAGACAUGUUUCAGGUCAUGCUUUUGGAAAUAUUAAUAAGAAUGCUGAUUUUAGUUGUGAAGCUUGUGUGCUUAGGAAACAUCAUAAAUUUCCUUUUGAGCUUUCUGAUUCACAUGCCUUAGCAUCAUUUGAUCUUAUUCAUAUUGAUCUUUGGGGUAAAUAUAAGAGACCCUCUUUGACUAGUGCUACAUAUUUCCUUACUAUUCUAGAUGACCAUACUGGAGUAACUUGGACAUACUUGAUUCAUGCAAAAACUCAAGUAUUUUCAGUCAUUUCUAGUUUCUUUGAAUACGUGAACACUCAAUUUGGUAAGAAAAUCAAGAUGAUCAGAAGUGAUAAUGGCACAGAAAUUAUUCAGGAAUCUUGUGCUUCAUUAUUUGCUAGUAUAGGUGCUUUACAUCAUAAGAGUUUUCCUGGGGUUCCAGAACAAAAUAGGAGAGUUGAGAGAAAGCAUAGACACCUUCUUGAAAUAGCAAGUACACUUAGGCUGUAUGCUGGUUUGUCUUUCAAAUUCUGGGUUGCUCCUACUUAUGAUCAUUUGAGGGUUUUGGGAUGUUUGGCUUAUCCUAAUAAGAAAACAUUAGACAAAUUUGCUCCAAGGUCUAGCAGGUGUAUGUUCAUUGGGUAUCCUUUUGGGCAAAAAGGUUACAAAUUCUAUGAUUUGGAGACACAUAAGAUCAUUUUGAGCAGGGAUGCUUAUUUUGUUGAGAAUUCUUUUCCUUUUAAGGAUAAAACAUCUAUGCCUGUCAUUCCAAAUUCUGUAUCCCCUCAACUUGUCAAUCCUGCACUGGAUUGUUCAAAUCCUCUUAUUGUUCCUUCAUCUUCUUCUUCUGACAAUUCCUUUUUUAAUUCUUCUUCCAACUUUAUACCUAUUCAACCCUCUAUUCCUGUUAGAACUUCUUCAAGAACUUGUAAGAAUCCUGAUAAAUUCAAGGGUUUCAUUCUUGCUAAUCCUUCUCACAUAUCUGUACAGGAGCUAGAUAUAGAUCAGUCUGCUUCUUUUAAUGUUCAUACUGAACCUACAUUGGCACAUUUGAGUGUAGACAAUGUGCAUAGUUUGUCCAUGGUUUUGACUGCAUUUGAACCUUCAUCUUAUAAUCAAUCCAAAGAGCAUCCUUAG